AUGACGGAAGCCGACAAGAACUUCUACUUCAAUGCUGAAAGACUCAAUGUCAAACAGACAAGUCUCAAGAUGAUCAACAAACUGGCUAAAGGCACCAAGUACAACGAGGUUCCACUCAUUGUCACUCCUUUCAUGUCGGAAAGGUUCAAUGCUCAACUUGUUCCUUAUCAAGUUCAGGUAGCUCAACCACAACAACAUCAACAACAACAGCAACAAGACCAGCAACUUCAACUUCAACUCCAACAACCACCUCAACCUCAAGUUCAACAACAACAAUCACCACAUCACACCCCUGAACCAUCACCAGUUCAAUCACCUAUCCCCCAACGACAAUUUCCAUCAUAUGAAGAUGAGCCUCUACCAUUUGAUUUCUUCGAAGCUCAACCAUCUUCAUCUGCACCCACACAACCUACCACUCAACCACAAUACUCUCCACCAAUUCAAUCAACCUCACAACCACUGCCAUCAGAUUCAGCUAUCGAUCCUGAUCUUCAGGCAUUCAGAGAUGACUUACAGGUAGCUCAGCCUGCCAGCAAUGAACCUGACAACACACAGGUUCAUAACCCUGCUGAUGAUUCAUUUCGACAAACUGUCUCUUCUCCAAACACUUCAACCAACACUACUUCAAAACCUAUUAAAAAAGUUGCCAGGAAGAGGAGUUUGAGUAGUUUGAUGGGUCAACCCGCAGCUCUGUCUUCUCAAAAGAAACAAAGAGUAGAAGCCUCGGAGACAACUACAGCCACAUCCUCGCCUUCCCAAAAGGGCUUGGAUUCUGAUAUGGCAAUACAGUCUCUGGAUUCAUUCUCUCAACAGAAUGAAGCCAUUGAAGUUGACCGUCCAGCCACGCUAUCUUGUACAGAGUCUAGCACUGCUCUAGCACUCAAGCUAGUGAAAAAUCAACCCAAUACACAGGAACUGCUUGGCAAUUUGCAAGUAGAUUUGCCGUCACUGGCUUCCGAAGGACAAUUUGUUCCUCCACUACCUUUGAACCCAUUUCAGGGAACAUUGGUAGUAUACACAGCUCUAUUUGAGGAACAAAUUGCUAAGUUACAAGCAGAACUUGCCCGGAUGAUUGCUGAGAAUGAGAGAUUGAAAGGUGCACAACUGGUCACCUUAGAGAAGAAAGUAGAGGAGGAGCCAUCCAGUUCGUACAGGGAUGAGCUCAAAGCUGAUAUCCAUUGUUUGACUGUCGAGAUGAGAUCCAAUCAUGUAGCUCUAUAUGUCUAA